AUGCCGGUGAAACAUUUCGAACCACAAGCCGGCAUGAAUGUACUCCACAGCAACUUGCUCACUUUUUCACUAGCAAUGUUUAAGCUCAGAAGGAGCACACAGCUUCUUAUACGGUGUCACUCGACGACUUCCACGAAAAAUGCCUCCAUUGGACAGCGGCAGCAGCUGUUCAUGGUAGACGAGGCUUCUCCCGGAUCAGUGUUCUUCCUGCCGCAUGGAACACGGAUAUUUAACAAGCUUGUUCAGUUCAUGAAGGUUCAACAGGCGAGAUAUGGCUUUCAAGAAGUGAUAUCGCCACUCAUAUACAAAAAAGCGCUAUGGGAGACUAGCGGACAUUGGGACAAGUACAAAGAGGACAUGUUCAAGGUAGAAGGUUUCGAGAACAACGAUUGUGAUGGUAAUCACACAUACGGGCUCAAACCCAUGAACUGUCCGGGGCAUUGCGUGAUAUUUAACAGUACUUUGCGGAGUUACCAGGACUUGCCUGUUCGGAUGUCUGAUUGGUCUUCACUGCAUCGCAACGAAGCCAGUGGAGGGCUCACUGGACUUACGCGUGUGCGGAGAUUCCACCAGGACGACGGUCAUAUAUUUUGUACUCGUCAACAAGUUGGCGAGGAGAUUGCAAAGAGUUUGAGACUUGUUAAACUGGUUUACGGUGUUUUUGGCAUGGACAACUACCGCAUGACAUUUAGCUCUAGACCUGAUGAACACAUUGGAUCUGAACAGGAAUGGGACGAAGCCGAGCAUCAAUUAACUUCGGUGCUCGAUGAAGUCGUUGGAAAAGAGAAUUGGAACACUCGUGACAAGGAUGGGGCAUUUUACGGACCCAAAAUCGACAUCCUGCUGAAGGAUAACUUCGGCAAAGAACAUCAGAUAGGAACCAUCCAACUUGAUUUCCAAUUGCCCGCUAGAUUUGGACUCAAGUACAAGGGCGAAGAUGGGGAACUGCACCAGCCAGUCAUGAUCCACAGAGCUGUUUUUGGAUCUGUUGAACGGUUUUUGGCGCUUCUGAUCGACCACUUUGAUGGAAAAUGGCCGUUCUGGCUGAGCCCUCGUCAUGCAGUGGUCAUCCCAGUCAACGAAACCCAUAAGGAAUAUGCGCAAAAAGUUGCUGCCUCAAUUUCAGGCGAAUUGCUCGAAGCAUUGGAUGCUCCUGCUAUUCUCGAGUCGCACAGAUUCAACGUUGAUGUCGACAAUCGUAGCGAUACCGUGGGGCUGAAAACGAGAGAGGCUAUAGUCAAGGGAUACAAUUACAUCAUUAUAGUUGGUGAUAAGGAAGCUGAGGCUGGAAAAGUGGCCAUGAGGAGUCGUGAUAACAGAAAAAUCGAGUUACUUUCACCAGAUGAGGUGAGAAAUAUGUAUAUAAAGCUGGAGGAGUCGUUUGAAUGA